GACGGAACGCCGACAAGCUACAGGCACCUAGCGAACAUAUCAAGAAAAAUCGUGAGGGAAGCUGCAACCGCAUCAUCAGCUAUCCAUGACUUCGACAUUGAAGAUGAUGUCGACAAGGAGUUCAGAAAACUCGACGAUAGCGUUGAAGAGGAGCACAAAGCUGAGGUUUACGAACAAGACAGCAAUGGCGGUUCCCCUGAAUUAGACGAAAUUCGCUUAUCUGCAUUAGCUAAGAAAUUGCAGGAAAGAACAAGAUUCUGA